AUGGAGGAAUCAAGAAGAUCGAGUGGAAAGUGCCAAAAGAUUUCGGGCGGAGAGCAAAAUAUGACCUCAGUCGAUAGGCUUAGCAGCUUGCCGGAUGAGGUUAUAUGCCACAUUCUCUCUUUCCUCCCGACAAAGCUCUCAGUAGCGACCAGCGUUCUCGGAAGAAGAUGGAGAUUCCUGUGGGUCCACGUCCCGUGUUUGAAUUUCAGCAGGAAUGAUUUCCCCGACGAAACAGAAGAUUCGGACAUCAGCGAGGAUGAUUUCACCGGCCAAACAAAAUAUUCGGACAUAAUCCAUAGAGUCAUUUUGCUCCAUGAGGCGAAGAGAAUGGAUACUUUUAUGCUCGAUUUUAUGGACUGCAAUGAGUAUCAUUUAGAGACAUGGAUUAAUUUUGCCAUCAAGCGUAAUGUCCGAAAUCUCUAUCUUGACAUGGAUCUUCCUAUGGGUAUUUUUCCCCCGCGUCUCCUCUUCACCUGCCAAACCGUUGUCGAUAUGAGAAUUUAUCGAUGUGUAGAAAUCCGGUCAAGUCUGUACAUACAUUUGCCUAGCCUUAAGAAGCUUUAUCUUUAUGAUGCUGAUUUUGAGAAUGAUGAAGCCCUUCCUCACUUGCUUUCCGGCUGUCCUUUGCUCGAGAAGCUGACCAUGAGUGUUCACUUGACAGAGAAGGAAAAAUAUUUAGGUUGCAUUAAUGUAUCUUCACCCACGCUGAAAACACUCGAGAUCGAUCUUUUACAUAUCUUCGAAGAUGAUAUCCCUGACUAUAGGAUUUUAAUAAAUGCACAGGCACUCAGACACCUUCGUAUGGUUAACUGUCAUUUGGGUUGCGUCACAAAUUUGGCAAAUAUGACCUCCUUAGCUGAGGCGAGCAUCCGCGUUGAAGGACCUUUCUACUUGUUUGUGGACAUCGGCAGCAAUUCCAAUGUGGUGAAAUUUCUCGACUCUCUUUGUAACGUCAAAUGCCUAAGGAUGACAAGUUAUGGAGCCGAGGAGGUUUUCGAAAUAGGAUUUGCUGGUUCAAUAGCAAAAUUUGGUAACUUAACCAAACUUGAACUCGAAUUGAGUGAUGAAUGGCAUUUGCUUGCAGAUUUACUUGAAGUUGCUGAUAAUCUUCAACUCCUUAUCUUUGGAGAGGGGGAAUUCGACAUGGUGAGAUAUCUUUUGAAGAAUUCUCGACUAUUGGAGAAGAUGGAAAUAUUACCCCUCGAUGACAAGUCAGUUCCGAAUAAUUUAAGCGAAGGCAACAAUUUAAAGAUGGCAUUUGAUGCGCUUGAGAGAAUUUCAUUGUUUGAGCGAGGAUCGACAGUAUGCCAGCUCGCCUUCUAUUCAGGUGAGCGGGCGGCAAUGGCGAGCAACUCACGGAAUUGGUCCUCGUCAUAG